AUGGUGGGAAAAGUACCUCACAAUAAUGUUCCAUCGGAAGUAGGUUUACAUGAAAACAUUUCAAAAAAAUCAAUGGUUCGAGAGUAUUAUGAGGAAACGCAAGAACGGAAACGACGAACACAGCACUCGAUUGCGACUAAAAAUUACUGUUUGGCCAAGAAGAAUUACGAAAAUUUUAAGAGACAAACAGAACAAAUAACAAAAAUCAACAGAAAACAAGUCACGGGACCAAAAUGGUACCAGGAAUUGUCUGACCAACAGAUUUCUGUACUGGACAAUCUUUUUCAUAACAUGAAAGAAGACUUCGAUUUGGCCACAUCAAAGAGUACGAGACGUGCACUCAAAGCUUUAGGUGUUCGUACAUUCAUCCCGCAUACUGUAGCAAUGGAUGCCUUGGUCAAAACUGAACUUUAUGUGAUAGAUUUUCUGCAGAUAAUUAAAGAUUACGUGAUACAAAAGAACAACGAGAAAAUCGGCGAUCAAUCAAGAAUUUCAGGUAACAUAAAAACAGAUUAUUUUCCAGAAGAAAGGAUCUUAAUGAGUGGUAUACUUCACAUAGCAUAUCCGUGUUUUAUCAAGAGACUAAAUUAUUUUCUCAAAGACGCCGUACCUGAAAAAAAUCUUGAGUACAUGAAACUUCCGAAAUCAACGAGAUCCACGAAAAAAUAUUCAUCUCCCUAUUUAGAACCGUUACCACAACCUCAUCACCCGUGGAUUAAAGUGAAAGAGGUUAAUUUACACAAUGAGAAUGUAAGACGACAAAGGAUGCAUAAUAAAAUGAAAACAAUACAAUUGCAACAGCAAAAUAACAAGGAGCUCGAAGAGGAAAAAAAGACAACAAUGAGAAUGAAUAUCACUUACCCCAAUAAUUCAGUGAAAAAAAUGUUUUGCAAACCACCAGUGUUGAAACCGUUGAAGAAUGAAGAUGAAAAUAAACUGGAAAUUGAGAGUCCAACAGUAGAAUCCUAUAACUAUGAAGACGACGUGAUGCAGAGCAGUGGUGAAGUGCAGACAGCGAUUGUGGAGGAGGAGGAGUGGCGGCAAGAGCAGGAGGAUGCGUGGCCCAAAACCAGUCGAGAGUUCGUGGAGAGCGAAACAUGGCAUUCACGACGAUGGUCGACGGCUUCUAUGGCGACCACGGUGACGGAAAAUAUGAUGACGUUCCAUCGCACCAGACGCGCUGGCUCACACACACUGCCACCAACGCAAGACAGCUGGUUGAAAAAGCCAUUUGGCUGGCUCAGCGCUGAUUACAAAGCGUCGAACGUUUCUAUCGAUUCGAUCGCCGAGUCGUCCGACAGCACCAUGGUUGAAACGAACCCGCACAAGACGGUUGUAGUGAUCGAUUUCGAUAGUUCGGUCGACCACUUCGAAUGCGACGUGACCAGUGGGGACAACGGAAAAAAGCUAGCUGGUAAACCGGAAUAUGACGGUGAGAGCGACGAUGACGCGGAGCUAUCCGAGACGUUGCGCGACCUCAACGUUACAAAGAUGGACGCGGACGAGGAAAAGAUUUAUCAGAUGUUCGAAAAAUACGAUGCCAAUAUGGCGGCAGGCAACCAGCAGCAGCCGUCAGUGUUUUCGUCGGGCACCGGUAUUACGGUAGCCAAAAUCGACCGGACCAAACAUGUAGACACACCGUCGAUGAAAGGCAUGCCGGGGACGCCGUUACCGUCGGUGGUGCAGGUGGCCGUCGAAGGACAGUCGGUGAGAGAACUAGGCAAGAAGUCGUCCAUAUUGGACUUGUCACCCAAUGAUCGUGGCAGCCGCGGAGUGGCUAUACACGCUGACGACCACGUCAGCAAUACGUCUGCGGAGACCAAAGACUGCGGUCAUGACGUGGCCGCUGAUGAACGACCACCACCGCUCAUCAACGAGGACGGCUCGGUAAACAUGACACGACUGCACUCUGUAAUUCACAAAUUACCAAAUUGGAAACAACUAAGAGUUGUAUUGAAAUUGAUGUCAAUUAUGGGUGACCCUGUGGCAAGUUUUCCGGAAAUAAUUGAAUUGAACAAAUUGCGGAGAUGGUACGAAAUACGGAUAAAUGAAAACAGACAUAUGACGUUGAAAAUGAAACAAAACCUGAUGGUUCAGUCGAUAAACGCGUGGAGUGCACCACGGAUCAAAUUGACGUCCGUUAACGUACCACAGAACCCAAUGCAAGGUGAGGGCAAAAUCGGUGCGAUGAAAAUUACUUGGGAUCGAGUGAACGAAAUGAAACGCAAAAUCAAGAAGACUAAAUCUGAGUACAUCCACAAACUCAAAAGAGUGGCGAUCAACAACGCGAGAACAAUGUACCAGACUAUGUAUAAUGACUAUUACAACAGCCGUCUGAGCAGAAACUUUAAACAGUCGUAUUAUGAUUAUUUCCCCGCAAAAGAUGAUGAUUGCUUGUUUGAGUAUGUCGCCGAUAAAAAGAACAACAAAUAA